AUGUUCAUCAACAUCACACUCCCCUCUGACACUCAAAAGGGUGCUCUUCGACGGGCCAUUCGAUCACAGGCUGCGUUAAGCAGUGCCAUCUGCCGAAAGAAUACCAUCGCUGCCAAAGCCAGUGACUCAACCUCCCCUGAAGACCAAAAGCCUGCGAGACUCUUCGGUAUCCAUCUCUUCGGUCUCCGUCUCCUCAACACACGCCUCUACGAGUUCCAGCUCCGCCAGUCCAACGCAAUCGGAUUACACUUGACGUACUUCGCUCCCAUCGACCAUGAUCCAAUCUACAUGUCCGAUCGACCAAUUCUUCGCAAAGAACUCUGGCCUGAAACAGUGUCACACAGAGCCCUCUUCUACACGAACCUUCUCAUUACAUCAUCUCAUCCCUCCUUCUCACGAGAGCGAACUCCAGAAAUCACUGCCUGGUUUCGUCUAGAAGCAAUGCGUAGCCUCCAGACUGCACUGGACUCGACCGGGGGCAUGAACACAAGUGAUCAGCUCAUCGCAACAGUGUGCUUACUCUGCGCUUGGGAGCUCCAGUUCGGUGAUGAGCUCUCGGCAGUAGCACACAUGACAGGACUAAAGACGAUGGUGAACCUGCGUGGAGGUUUCCAUGACGCUACCUUUCCACCCAUUGUCCGUCGCCUUGUCGGUUUCGUCACCUACGACCAGCUUUGGUACUCUGGAGUGGAGCCUGUAUACGUGCCACAAGGAUUGAACAAGCCUUUGAUGGGUGAUAUGCGCGGCCUCGGAUUGCCAGUGGGCUUCGCAUCCUUUGUAAAGACCCAUCGAAUUUGUGCAAUCGCCCCUUCAACCUUGGGAUUCGUCUCGGAGAUCAACCUCAUCAUGAAGAGAACCCGCCAUCGAAAGUAUGCUCUGCUUGAUGUUCAAUCGCGUCUACUCGAGUACAACUUUCUGGACAAUGUGACGAGCAACUUUUCUCCGAUCCAGACUUCCAUUGACGACACGAUAUCAGUUCAAGCUGAGAUGCACAUCAAGCUUGCUCUAUUGUCACUUGUCUCUCACCUUCAGGAUGACAACUCCGGACAAUACUGGGAAAUGAGCAGUUCUCUAGUGCCCGAGGUUUUGAUCAAUACCAUCUAUGCCGAGGCUGGCGUAUGGGCCCUAUUCUCGAUAUGCAGUACAAUGCAGAUUCCAUCUCCCGUGCUGCUGGAUGGAUUGGAGAAGCUGGUCUCGAGUCUUUCCAUCACUGACUGGUCACUGGCUGACAUGACUUUACGACAAUACCUCUAUCCGCUGGACGGACUUGACAUUGCUUCAAAAAUGCUGUGGGAUCGAAUGACGCUGAACAGACCGACCAUAUUCGAGCAGAACAAUCUUUCGAGGUUUCAUGUUGCCGCAUAUAGACGCAAUGAAGAGCCAUUCGCUUGA